GUAUAAUUGAAGUCAUGGUUAGACAUUUAUCGAAAAAUGUUAUUAAGUGAGACAUAAUUUUAUGUCGUUACAAAAAUGAAACCUGUAAAUUGUGUAAAAGUUAUAUUUAUUUGUUUGUACCUGUUCAGCGAAGAAGCAACUGCAAGUCGUUUAAAUAUUGUAAGUGUAUACGAAGAAGCAAUAUGCAAUAUUAAAACAUCAUGCCUAGAGUGUCUGCGACUAUCCCAAUGUUCCUGGUAUUCAACGGAACGCAAAUGUUUUUCAGAAAAAUUGCUAAAAUCUGAAAAAUAUUCUGAGAAAGAGAUAAUUCGUUACCCAAACUACGAAAUGAGUUCAGAAGACAAUGCAAUAUGCGCGUGCACUGGUGGUAAAUUGGAAAGAAAUUGCCGUCAACCAGAUGCAUCAUCAACAACGCCAGAGUGUUCAGGCCGUGGGUCUUGUAUAUGUGGAAGAUGUUUUUGUGAUCCUAAUCCUGAUCCUGCACACCCGAGCAAAGUAAUAAUGGGAGAAUACUGUGAAUAUGACAAUUUCUCAUGUGACGAUCCUAAAUGUAAUGAAGGCCCUUAUUCAAUUUACGAGAUGCUGGCAAAUGAACAAGCAAGAUUUUUGGAAAUUGAGAAGCAAUAGUUACGAU